GCCACGGUUCAUUCAGGACGUCUCAACCACACUGCUUCUCCAUCAGCCCCUGCACGGAAGUUCCUAACUGCUUUUCCGUCAUUGGGUGUUGGUGACAUGCAUUUUCCGGUUGUGUGGGCGUGCAUGGCAUUAUGUACUUGCAACAUAAUGCUCCCUCUCGUUGAAGGAGGAGACCUGAUGGUGUGGAGACGUGUCAUGGUGGAAUCGUCAUGGUUAAAGGAAAGUGUCACUCAGAUUUCGAAAAACCUGUCUCUCAUCUCAUGCGGUGUGGCGUGUAUGAAGAAUGACUGGUGCCAUCUGUGGUGUUACGACGUGCCCAGGGAGUGCCUGCUCACCUCCCUUUUCGUUUCGACAUCCUAUCAGCCUUCACAGCCAGACGGUGGCCUGGACUGCUUCACCGACCGCAAGCCAGAGUACACUACUCAAGCAGCCAUUACCUCCUCUGUGCACUACCACACCAGUAUAAAACAGAGAAGCAAUUUGGUGGACGGCAUAUAUAGCAGUGACAUUUACGAUGCUUCAGUAGUGAAUUCAGAGUCAGGGGCUUUCGCAUGGUUCUUACUCGACUUUGGGAAUGUCAUCCCCGUUUCCGAAGUCAUAUUAAUUGCUCAGCCUAAUACAAAUUCAUAUACUUACUUCCGAGACAUCGAGGUAAGGGUUGGAAACACUCAGGCUUCAGGAAACUUUGCAUCCUACUCCAUGCUUGGGAGCUUCACGGGUCAUGCUGAACCAGAACAGAUCGUAAUACUUCGCCCUGCCACUCCAUUAUUUGGCCGUUAUGUCUCUAUACAGCGAACAACAGACGACCUGCUUCAGAUCGCACACUUAGAAGUACGCUGA